AUGGACGAAACACCGCUACCGGUUUACGACGAGCUUCUGCGAAAAACGGUUGUGCCGUCCGGUUUCGUUCCAAUGGUGUCAGCAAAUUUUCAACAAUCUACCGGAUAUUCUGCUACGAUUCAGCCUCAGCUUCAGUCAUGUGCCGCUCAGCAACUUUGCGGUAGUUAUGCUCCUGGGGCCAGGUAUAUGCAGCAUUUGCGACCCGCCGGGAGCAUCCCGGCAUUUCUGCUGAACUACCAACCACCAGUUUGUGGAUAUCCAGCCGUAAUAUCCAAUUCGUCAUCGAUGCCGGUAUACACCGUAGCGUCUCGGCAGCUGAUCAGGAUGUCAACGUAUCCGACGGCGAAUUACCAGCAUCAGUUCACCCAGAAUCUCCCAUUUGCCGGGGCUAUGCCUGAGAACGUCGGCCAACCACAGAUAACGACGUCAACUCCACGACAGAAUUUGGCCACAUUACGGCAGCAAUAUCAGCCACCACUUAAUAGCAACCCUAUGCCGCUGAAUAGUGGCCACCUAGCUGCAAGACAGACGGUAAAAGAUCUUCCGAAGUUCGGUGGGGAUCCUGAGGACUGGCCACGUUUCAUUGCAGCAUACGAGCGAACUUCUAGAAUGUGUGGCCUUAGGAACGAUGAGCUGCUCGAUCAUCGUCUCGAGAGAAGUCUACAUGAUAAGGCAUUGAACGCCGUCAAAAGCCUUCUUCUACACCCCGACAACGUUCCAGUGAUCAUGAGCCGAUUGAAAACUCUCUUUAACAGAUCUACCAGAAUCCAUCUAGAGACUAUGGUCCGGAGAAUUCGGAUGAUGCCGCCACCGAAGGCGGAGAAGAUGGAGACCAUUGUUGACUUCGGCGUCGCAGUUCAGAACCUUUGCCCGACUAUACAAAAACCGGAAACCAGGAUAGAGAAGAAAGUCUGGAAGGAUGAGGUCUACGUCCAUGCGUAUUCCGUCCAUCAGCAGGAAAAAGUCGAUCGUAAAAAGUGUCUGGCAUGCGGCAAUAUGUGUGAAAGCCUUGAAAAGUGCAGCAGUUUCCUGAAAAUGUCGCCGAAUGCUCGAUGGGCGUUAGUGAACGAGAAGAAACUCUGUCGAAAGUGUUUGAAGAAGCACUUCAAAACAUGUGAGAUGAAAGUUCCAUGCAAUCAGGGAGGAUGCAUCUUUCUACACCACCGGUUGCUGCACGACGACAGCAAACACAACAAGCCGUCACCAAGCGCUCCAGCACAGAACGCGUCUGUAAAUGCGCAUCACAGCUCGUUGCCAAAUGUGCUGCUGAAGUACGUGCGUGUCACGCUGCACGGCAAAGGAAGAUCGAUUACUACAUACGCCUUCCUGGAUGCAGGAUCGACAACAACACUGGUGGAACACAGUUUGCGGAAGGAACUCAAUCUCAACGGCGAGAAGUCUCCACUGUGCAUUGCGUGGACAGGAGGGCAAGGAAGAUAUGGGCAAGAUUCGGUUAUAUUCUCAGCGGAAAUUUCCAGUGCUUCAAAAUCAGGACAGCGCUUCCACCUUCCGGAGGUGCAUACCCAAAACCCCGAAUUCUGUUGGGAGUUGACAGCUCCAGAUUGGAGUAUCCACUCGAUUCCAGGGAAGGAAGUUCUCACGCCGACGGCUGUACUAACUCGGCUAGGCUGGGUGGUCUACGGUCCGUGCUCCUUUCUGCCAGGACAAAAGGAUGCGAAAAACGGUGUUUCGUAUAGCUACCACAUCUGCCAAUGCGAAGGACUGCAUUCCGCAGUCAAGAGUUAUUUCUCCCUCGAUAGUCUCGGAGUACAACUCAAUGGAACACCGUUGAUGUCGAAAGACGACGAACGAGCGAUAAAACUGUUACGAGAAAACACGGUUUUGCAUAAUAAACGAUACGAGACCUGUCUGCUAUGGCGAUACGAUGAUGUUCGACUACCGUCGAGCAAAACCAUGGCCCUGAAAAGGCAAAACUUCUUGAGCAAGCGCAUGGCUAGGGAACCAGUGCUGGCCAAGGCUCUUCAGGAAAAAAUCUUAGACUACCAAGCGAAAGGAUAUAUUCGCAAACUUUCAGCGCAGGAGGAAGCCACGUACUCUAGACGUUCGUGGUAUCUGCUGAUCUUUCCCGUGGUGAAUCCCAAUAAACCGAAUAAACUACGAAUCGUCUGGGAUGCUGCCGCUAAAGUGGGAAACCUUUCUCUCAAUUCGUUUCUGCUAAAGGGACCAGAUCAGGUUACACCGCUUCAGCAAGUUCUCCAAAGGUUUCGUGAAUACCGCACAGCGGUCUCAGGAGAUAUCCGUGAAAUGUUUAACCAGGUUCGGAUCAAUCCUACCGAUCAGCAUUGUCAACGAUUCCUGUGGGAUGAUGGCGUCCUCGGAGGAGGUCCUUCGACUUACGUGAUGGAGGUGAUGACGUUCGGUGCAAGCUGCUCUCCAAGUAGUGCACAGUUCGUCAAGAACCUGAACGCAGCUCGGUUCAAAGACCAGUAUCCAGAAGCAGUGGCGGCGAUAUGCAAAGGAACGUACGUGGACGAUAUGUUCGACAGUGUCGAAUCCGAAGCAUAA